GCUGGCCCCGCGCUGUCAGCCACAGUUAGACGUGUUGCUUGAAGUCCCAGCGGACUGACUUUUACUCCGACAAACACCGAGCGAAACCUGGAGACGACCUGCAGCACAGAGAAAGGGAACAGAGAGCGGAUUUUUUUUUUUCCUGCCAAAGAGGCGUGAGCUGUUCGGACGCUGAGAGUCAACCACUGGCAAAGGUUUCCAGUGUCAAACUCGACUCGAUGUCCAAGAGAAGAGAGGGACUUAACUCAGAGGAACGACAAGAAAGCAAAACACUAAUCCUGUGCUGUGGAUGGACACAGUGAAGCACAUCUCAUAAAAGGACAGAUAAUUCAGACUUUUCCGUGUCCACUCCCUGGAUUUUCUCUGACUUUACGCGCUUCAGGGAGCCGCAGAGAUGGAUGUGGCGGCCGAUCAGCCCCGCUGGAUGCAUCACCACGCCGUGCUGAACGGACAGCAUCCGGACUCUCACCAUCCCGGCCUGGGCCACAACUACAUGGAGCCCACGGCGCAGCUGCUGCCUCCGGAUGAGGUGGAUGUUUUCUUUAAUCAUCUGGACUCACAGGGAAACCCGUACUACCACAACUCUGCCAGGGCCAGGGUGUCCUACAGCCAAGCGCACGCUCGUCUAACAGGGAGUCAGGUGUGUCGGCCUCAUCUCCUCCACAGUCCGGGGAUUUCGUGGCUGGACGGAGGGAAAGCAGCCCUGUCGGCUCACCACCACAACGCCUGGGCCGUGAGUCCCUUCAGCAAGCCCAGCCUGCAUCACCCGGGCUCCGCGUCCCCCGGCGCCCUCUCCGCCGUGUAUCCGUGCGGCAGCAACUCCAACGCGGCCUCCGCAUCCUCGCUGACGCCGCCGUCCCACUCCAGCUCCCACCUGUACACCUUCCCCCCCACACCGCCCAAAGACGUGUCUCCGGACCCGGGGGGCUCGUCCCCGUCCUCCUCCGUCACCAGAAUGGACGAGAAGGAAUCUAUCAAAUACCAAGUGUCGCUACCGGAGGGCAUGAAGAUGGAGGGCUCCAGCCCGCUGAGGAGCAGCCUGGCCUCCAUGAGCGCCCAGACUCCAUCCACCCACCACCCCAUACCCACUUACGCCCCCUACUCUCUCCAAGCGGCCCACGAGUACGGCGGCAGCCUGUUCCACCCGGGCAGCCUGCUGGGCUCCUCGUCCAGCUUCACCCCCAAGAACAAAGGCAAGACACGGUCCUGCACCGAGGGCCGUGAGUGUGUGAACUGUGGAGCCACUUCCACGCCUCUGUGGAGACGUGACAGCACCGGACACUAUCUGUGCAACGCCUGCGGCCUUUACCACAAGAUGAACGGCCAGAACAGACCACUCAUCAAACCCAAACGCAGGCUGUCUGCAGCAAGACGAGCAGGCACCUGUUGUGCUAACUGCCAGACGACCACCACUACGCUUUGGAGGCGCAAUGCAAAUGGAGACCCAGUGUGCAACGCCUGCGGCCUCUACUAUAAACUGCACAACGUGAACCGGCCUCUGACCAUGAAGAAGGAAGGAAUACAGACACGCAACCGGAAAAUGUCCAACAAAUCCAAAAAGAGCAAGCGGUGCAGCGACAGCUAUGAGGAGUUCUCCAAAAGUCUGCACGACAAGAACUCUCCCUUCAGCGCCGCCUCUUUGGCCGGUCACAUGUCCAUGGGUCACUUGCCUCCUUUCAGCCACGCCGGACACAUGCUCCCCACGCCCACCCCGAUACACCCGUCAUUCGGCCACCCACACCACUCCAACAUGGUGACGGCGAUGGGCUGAGAGGACGAGGAGAAAUGUUGGCACGGAGCUGCUUCAAGAACCUGAGAUGGUCCCAUGAAGGGGGAUGAGGGUCGAACCGGAGGACAGCGUGUACAGUGUUACAGACAUGCAGCUUGUGUGUCUUCAUCUUGAUUAUCUCUCGAUUGCAUAUGCCAACGUUAGGGUGGAGAACAGAGGUAUUGUGAGGGGAAAGGACCUUUUGCUCCUUAUCUAUAGGUACCUAUUCCGAUGGGGAGAAAGCUUCUGCUUCCUGUCAGCCAGGCACACACAUAUAAAUACGAAAAUGUCAUUGCACCUCAUAGUUUUGUCCCCACUGACAGCCUGACUGACUGCAGUGUGGCUUGAUAUGUGCUGAGCAGGUUUGUAGUUACUGUGAAUAUUGUAAAUGUGUGAGACAGAAGGGGGUGGUCAAGAGAAAAUCUCCUUCACACCUUUAAAAUGAAAAUAUGCUGGAUUUUUUGCUCACGGACGAUUUUAAAAGGAAUUUUCACAAAAGAAACACGCAAACAAAAAAGGUUUAUGAAUCCUAAUUUGACACUGUUUAUUAUAAUUAUUGUUAUUAUAAUUAUUAUUGUUAUUCAGAUAAUUUAUUUUCACUAUUGUUUUUUUCUUUGACUAUAUUACCUGAAUCAUAAUAUGGAUACUGUUAUCCCAGUUAUGAAUAUAUUUUUAGCUGAAGUGCUUUGUCUGAGGUGGUCGACAUUUAUACUCUCAAGAAAUAAAGAGAUCAACUUCA